AUGGGCGACACUGAACCACUUGUUAUAUACCAUUUGAAUGACCCAGCCAUUCAACCUAGUAACAAUAGCAACAAUACCAACUCUUCUGUCAAUAAUAACAAUAAUAAUGUAACGAGUAAUAUACCUAUAACAACAAGUACACCAGAAAAUACAUUCUACACAAUGGAUCAAGUUAAAAAACACAACAAAGCAACCGAUUUAUGGAUGGUUAUCCAAUCCAACGUUUACGAUCUUACACCCUUUUUUGACCAACAUCCUGGUGGUUCCAUUAUUUUGGAAGGAGCAGGCAAAGAUUCAACAUACCUUUUCGAGGAUAUUGGUCAUAGUGAUGAUGCAUACGAUAUGUUGGAUCAAUAUUUAAUUGGUAAAUUAUUGCAGUCACCAAAUAUUAGAGAUUCAUUCUAA